UUCCACCUGAAAACAAACGCGUUUUUGCUGGAAGGACACAUUAUUUCUUCGGCGAUAGAACUGAUAUCACCCGUACCACCGGAAAGGCAGUAAAAAUUGAACCGGAAUUAUGGUUAAAAUCGGACUCCAGAUCAAGGCAACACUAGAGAACAUCGAGGAACUGAAAACCUGUUAUCCGAACUAUGCUUUUUUCUUGCGUAUAAAGUGUACAAACUGCGGCGAAAUCUCCGAUAAAUGGCACGACAUCACCGAGGGUGAACACGUCAACGAGGAUUCGCGCAAUCCGAAGGGAUUCAAUUUCUAUAUGAAAUGUCGAAUGUGUAGCAGGGAGAAUAGCAUCGACAUUGUCGAGGGAAGUAACGCGAGCUACAAAGCUGAAGAUUCUGGUAAACUGAAGUGCAUCGUUGCAUUCGAUUGUCGUGGUGUUGAGCCGAUUGAGUUCAGCCCCCGAACAGGUUGGAUCGCCAAAGCCAGCGAGAAUGGACCCCUCUUCGAGGACAUUGACUUGUCGGAUGACGAUUGGGUUGAGUAUGAUCAGAAAAAUAAGAAUUCGGUUGGAAUAUACGAGUUCGAAUCUGAAUUUGUCAAAAUGAAAAAGUGAUUCGAUGGCAUUUUUAUCUCUUCUUUGCAUUAACGUGUUUUUAGAUUGAAUAAGCAAUAAAUACUCUGAAGCAUUUUUGAUAAGAAUAA